AUGGAUAAGACCUAUUACACCCUUCUUUCGGCUGUGUGGGACAGAAAUAUCCCGCUGUACGUCAGGCUCGAGCAUCUCCGCCAGCACUUGUACGCCAAGACCGGACUUCUGUGCAACACCAGGUACGACACCAACCUCCUUGAUGAGCUCGCGCCCACCUCCCUCCGCAACCAUAUAAUGAUCCUCAUCUUUGUCAGCCAAGAUGUUCCCGCGGCCGAGCGGCCGAGCGACGCACAUGAACUUGCAAUCGGGCGCAAACCGCGCGCGGUCGCGUCGUUCAAGUCCCCCGCGGUCUGGUUGAACUCGAAGCAGCACCUACACACGCACGGGAUCUUCCCCUCGGCGGAGCACGGCUCGAGCUCGCCCCCGCAGUUCACCGUCGGGUUCGAGACCCCGCUCGUGUCUGGGGUGCACGAUCCCCCGCUCUCGACCCGGACGAACGCAGGGGUGCUUCCGUGCACGGCCUCCCCAAAUCGCUCCCCGCGUACGCCGCCCUUUCCGUCCUCCGCGCACUCGCACUCACGUGUGGCCACCGGGGAGAGCGGGUCCGGAUCCGGGAGCGCAGGCGACGGCUCGGACUCGGAGGACAAGUACUUCGUGGUGUCGUGCCUGCUGCUGCCCGUGCCGCUCCCCGCGGUCGCGUCGGCGAAGUGGGACCUGGACCCAGACGCGUAUGAGGAGCGGAACUCGGACGUGCAGGCCUGA